AUGUCACAGCAGAAGCAGCAAUCUUGGGAGCCCCCUAUUGCUCCCAAAUGUACCCCUCCCCAGUGCCCAAACCCCUCCCUACCUGCCUACUCUGCUCCUUUCUAUGACCCCCGUCCAGGAGUCCAGGUCAGUGAUUCCAGUUCCCAGAAGCCAGGAGAUCAGAGUCUGGGACACUCUCAGAGGGCUCGCUGCAAGAAACCCUGCUGCCUCAGUGGUGCCACAGUCUACCACAUCAAAGAGGAGGAGUGCUAAGAAAAGCUUACAAUCUAG